AUGAAGCUCUUUUCGAUUCUAAUCCUUCGCAAGAAUGCCAACAAGGCCCAGAUCCUCACUUCAGCCUUCGAUUUGUCUAGCUUUGGCUAUUUUCAACGGGGCAGCGUACAAGAAUUUAUGAACUUUACAGCAGCAACUAUCAGCGACCGAACACCCACUGGACAACGACAAAGCGUCGAGAGUGAAAAUAAUGUAGCGCACGUCUAUGCACAUCCCCAAGGUCUUUAUGGUGUGAUUAUGAGUGACAAGGAAUACCCUUCAAGAGUGGCCUUUUCUCUAUUGAACAAGAUUUUGGAUGAGUUCUUGGUCAAGUUCCCCCAAGACAAGUGGAAUCCUCCAAUGACCUAUCCCGAAUUGCAAAACUAUUUGAGCAAAUAUCAAGAUCCCAAGCAAGCUGACAGCAUUAUGCGCGUACAGAAUGAGCUUGAUGAGACGACUGCUAUCUUGCACAAGACAAUUGAAUCUGUAUUGGAACGUGGAGAAAAGCUUGAUUCCCUUGUAGAUCGAUCCGAAGCACUCUCGAGCCAGUCAAAGAUGUUUUACAAGACAGCAAAAAAGACCAACUCUUGUUGUGUGGUGAUGUAG